GCCGCAUUAUCCGUUCGGUCGUCGGUAAAUGUUGUGGUCGUUGUUCACUAUAAUAUUGUUGUUCGUCUCUUUAUGUAAUACGCGCGUCGUCUCGGAAGUCCGCCGCACUCUCGCAGACUGAUAAUGCGUGAUAGCAAUAGAUUGUAAUACGUAGAACAAUAUUAUGUAUAGCUCUAUAUAGUAUUGAAUAUUACAUAGGUACCUAAUAUAAUAUAUUCUCGAGAAAACAAUAAUAAUAAUAAUAAUAAUUAUAAUUAUUAUUAUUAUUAUUAUUCACCCGCCGACGACGGUCGGCGCGCGGUCCGGAGCACCGGUAGUUGUUGUUAAUUUCUCGCACAGUUCUCCGUUCGAGAUGGGCAGCGGUCUGUGCAGGAGUAGAGGAGACGAAAGACCGACGCGGGCUGUACGACGGGGGUUCGACGGGUUGUACCGGAAGAUAGUUUUCAAUUACUCUAAACAGUGGACGCGUUAUUCAGACAAACACAAGAGGAGUGAAAAAAAAAAGACCAAACACAAUAAGAGCAGAAGGAAGAAACCGAUCAUCAGCGGACCGUUUCCGGCAGAUCCGGAUCGACUGCAAGGUGAAAAGUGGCAGUACGUGAUACUGACGCGGUUGGACACAGAACCGCCGCCCGAACGACCGCCGCGAACCAAGCGCUGCCGCCGGCAGGAGACGGCGAUCAGUGGCGUCAGUGGCAUCGUCCGUUGGGGAUCGGAGCGGCGGCGGCGGCGGCGGCGGUCGUUCGGUCGCAGGCGGCAGACGACGCCGCCUCAGAGUCUGUCCGCCGAUGAGCCGACGGAACCGGUGUCGUCCGGACGGAUCGAAGUUGGCGAUGACGGCGGAACGGUCAAAAGAGCGGUGGCGGCGGCAGAAAAGAAAGCGCCGCCGGCUUUCGACAAGGCCGUCGAAAAGACUUCGAUGUGGGUCGUUUUGUGGUCGGGCGCCGUCGUCGCUGGUCGGACGUUCGCUGCCCGACAAAACGGUUUGCUCAAGUCCGUCGCCCGCGCCCAUGCGAUGGCCAACGAUUUGACGUCGUAACAUUAACAGAUUGGCGGCGGUGCAUGUGGAAAAUUACAGCGGUGGAUAACCGCGGUUAAGGUGCCUCGGUACUUCCGCUAAUCUUAGUUCAAAAGACCUCAAGUUUUGACAAAAUUUAAGUUAGUUGACGUUGUCGGAUUUCUAUUCUAAAAAAAAAAAAAUUGAACUCGCCAGAAAAUUGUCUAUAGAAUGUACGGGAUACGUUGUAAAGAUUAAAUCUUAUAUUAUUGUGAACUGUAUUUGAAAACUUGAAAGUAUGAAUUUUUUCAAAUCAUAAUUAAAAUUAUAAACGAAAAGUGUUUUUUACAGACGAUUUUCUGCUGGAUUCAAAUAUUUUUUCAAAAAUCAGAAUCAGACAACGUUAGUUAACUUUAAUUUUGUCAAAACAAUAACAUGUAAGAAUUUGUAAAAUUCGUGUAUCGAUUUUUGACAUAUGCAUGCCCAUAUGAGAGUGGUACUGGAAUUUAAUUUCACUCACAUUAAUAAUCAUUUACAACUACCUAACUCAUAGAUCCCGGGUGGCUAAGACAAGAUUAGAAAUUGCCUAAUGGUUGCCCCUUAAAUAAUAGCCCAUAGCGAGGCCCAUUAAAGAUAUAAUUACUUAUUAUAAGUAUCGUGGUAAUAAUCGAGUGUUUAUGGUAUCUUUAUAGUGAUAAUAAUACUGCAAGCUAUCGAUACAUCGUACAUCACCCACACACAUAAUAUACUAUUACAAUCAUAAUAUUAUAUUAUUAUAUAAUCUAUAUAGGUACUGUAAUUGACUUUUCAAAAAGCCACUGCGGAAAAUCCUAUUUUGUUUUAUAUUUAAUAUCACAAUAUUGUCUUUAUUGACGAAUCGCGUGAGACCAUAAUACAUAACGAAAUCUAGUGGUUGUCCAAAAUCCGUACGUGUUAUUCUAUUUAGAUUUCCAAUCAUAAACUAUAAGUUAAACCAGCAUGCGAAAAUAUGUCCUAUGUUAAUUUGAUUGUCUGUAGAUAAUCAGAUCUAACCACAGGUUGUGAAAAGUGCGCUGCAUUACUAUUGUAUACAAUUAUAUUAUACAGUAUAGUUGGGGGGUGUACAUCAUAGAGUAAGAUAUAUUAUGGUGUACAUGGCAAAGGAAGAGUAAAAUAUGCCUUAUAGCGCCUUAUACUUAUUUCAUUAUAUUUUGGUUUCAAAACUCAAACUAUAGGUUUGACAUUUAAAAAAAUGUCUAAUAUAGAUAUAAUAUAUUACGAUAAUAAUAAUAAAAAGAUAACCGUAUAACUCUCCUGUCACAUUAUAAAACCACAUCUUGCCUAACGUGCCGAUUUUAUGCCAUCCAAAUACACGUCGGAGGAGACGUCUUACUAUCGAGUUCAAUUUAAGUGCACACUCGACGCAUUUGAACGCCAUAAAGGCUGAACGCAAAACAGUUCAACGAUUUAUCCGGUAAUAACAUGGAGAAGAAAAAAAAUAUAUAUAAAUAAAGUGGCAAUGUAAUGCCGAAAAUCCUCCUUGCGCAGUGUUUAUGACUUCCGCGGCUCGACGGAUGAUACUUCCGGUGUGUUAAAGCCAAGUCGCCUUGUCAUCAUUUCAGAAACAGGUCGUUCGAUUCGAGCGGAAAGGCAAGGCAAGGGGAUGAAAAUAAAUAUAUUUAUAGGUUCGACGCUAUAUAAUGGCUCCAUUCGAUAUGCGAAUACAUAGUAUAUACAUACGAGUUGUACUAUAUUAUAUAGAUCGUAUAUUUUCGUUUUCCAAUUUCAUUCACCAUUCUACACGUCCCAUUAAUAUUG